UCCCAAGCCUUUGCGAUGGCAUUUCGAUGUAGAAACACUUGGGGCGCCGUAUUUUGGCGAAUUACGAAAAAUCAUAAUUGUCGGGCGUACUCGAGUGAUAUAGCGGUUGCCCAACAAAAGCAGCGCGUGCCCGAGGGUCCCGAUCUGCAGUAUUUCCUAAAUCAGUCACUGUUUCCUCCGAAAGAUAGUGUAUCUGCAGCAGGAAGCACAAAACUAAAUCGGAAAUGCGCAAAGGCACCAAAAGUGCUGUUUGAAAUCCAUGGAUGCCAGAUGAACCACAGCGAUGGUGAAGUCGCAUGGUCUGUUCUGCAGUCCGCUGGUUAUGAGCGUGUUGUCAGGCUGAGAGAGGCGGACGUUAUUUUAAUCUUAACAUGCGCAAUUCGGGAGGGUGCCGAGCAGAAGAUUUGGGAACGACUGGAAGAUCUGAGCGAGAUCAAAAAGCGCCGCUCUCGUGGAUCGCCUUUGCAAAUCGGACUGUUGGGAUGCAUGGCCGAAAGAUUGAAGGAAAACAUUUUGGAAAAACAGAAACUUGUGGAUCUGAUUGUGGGUCCCGAUGCGUACAGAGAUCUGCCGAAGCUUUUGGACACUGCCGCAUCUGGGCAAACUGCUGUGAAUGUUAUCUUGUCUAAAGAGGAAACUUAUGCCGAUAUUUUGCCGGUGCAGUUAACUGAUUCGCCUGUUACGGCAUUUGUGUCUAUACAGCGCGGCUGUGACAAUUUUUGCAGUUUCUGUAUAGUUCCAUUCGUGCGCGGAAGAGAGCGCAGUCGCCCGGUUAAAACUGUGAAAACUGAAAUUCGAGAGUUGGUCUCGAAGGGUGUGAAGGAGGUCACCCUUCUGGGCCAAAAUGUUAACAGUUAUCGCGAUAUUUCUGAAGAAAACCUUUUUUCGGAAAAAUUAACGUCUUAUCCAUCCGGAUUUUCUUCGCUGUACAAACCGCGGAUCGGUGGUCGACGAUUCGCGGAACUUCUUGAUGAUAUUUCCGGCUCAUUCCCGGAACUUAGGAUACGGUUCCAAGCAGCCCACCCAAAGGAUUUUCCAGAUGAAUUACUUAUGCUUAUGCGGGAGAGACCAAAUAUCUGUAAGCAACUGCAUCUGCCAGCACAAAGCGGAAGUACUGAGGUUCUGAAUAGAAUGCGGAGAGGCUACUCCAGGGAAGCCUACCUCGGACUGGUGGAACGAAUUCGACAUCUUUUACCGGAUGUAUCUCUGACCAGCGACAUGAUUGCAGGAUUUUGCGAAGAAAGCGAAGAAGAUCACAACGACACCCUGGAUUUGAUUCGAACCGCACGCUACAACUUUGUAUACGCCUUCCCGUACAGCGCUCGAGAGAAAACUACAGCGCAUCGGAGAUAUGCAGAUAACGUGCCUCCGGAAACUAAGAACCGGCGAUUUCAGGAAAUCGUGAAAGUAUUCCGGGAAGAAGCACUGAAGGUCAAUUCGUCUAAAAUUGGAUCUGUUCAGCUAGUGCUUGUUGAAGGAGAGAGCAAACGAUCGCCGGACUUUCUUCAGGGAAGAUCUGACUGCGGUGUUAAAGUGAUAUUUCCCAAAGAAAAAGUUAACGUUAAAUCAGCAGAUGCGAUGCCCUUUGUAGAUAUUCAGCUUGGGGAUUACGUUGCAGUUGAGAUUCAGUCAGCCAAUUCGCAAACUCUGCAUGGACUGGCGUUGCAUCGUUCUAGUCUUUCAGAAUUUUAUUCUGAACUUUCUACCAGAAAUGACAUUGUAGCCGGUGUGUUGUAGCAUUUGGCGAAACUGUCCUUAUAAAAAUAGGGUGAAUGACAGGCCAAGAAAGGUCACGAAAGGAACAGCAUUUAUAAAGCGAAUUUAUAUAAAAGUCCAGUGCGAGUGUCCUAAUGCCAAUAAAGAUCUUUGGUUGAUUGGGAUUUUCCUGGAAAGGCUGCAUCAUAAU